UUUCCCACACUGACAACAGAGCACCACCGAGGGGACUCCCACCGUCAAAGCAGCUCCCACGGCGGUCAUGGCGGCGCCGUUAGCCCACUUCGACGAGGACUGGCAGGACUUUAACGAAUUCAAGCCGUCCUCGGCGUCGGCUGACCCGCUGGACCAGCUGAACUCGAACGUGGCCGACCCGUCGGGCCUAGACGACUUCUCCGACCUGGACAACAGUUUCUCCGGGGAGAUCUGCAGCUUCAAGUCGAUGGAGGACCUCGUCCAUGACUUCGACGAGAAGCUGACAGUGUGUUUCCGAAACUACAACACCACCACGGAGAACAUAGCUCCCAUCAAGCCCAUCACGGAGGACAAUUACUUGAAAGACGACGAGGUGUGGAACGCUCUGACUGAUAACUACGGCAAUGUGAUGCCGGUGGACUGGAAGACGUCGCACACUCGCUCCCUGCACCUGCCCAUCCUCAACCUCACCCAGCCAGAGCAGAAGUUGGAUAACCAGUCGCUGGACCUGUCGGAUGAUGAGGAACUCAGGGAGCAGAUGGAUAUGCACUCCAUCAUUGUGUCCUGCAUCAACAACGAGCCGCUCUUCACAGCCGAGCAGGUGAUUGAGGAGAUCGAAGAGAUGAUGCAGGAGUCCCCGGACCCCGACGAUGAUGAGAGCCCAUCCCAGUCCGAUAUGUCGAUGCUCUCGCAGGACCUGCACAGUAUGAAGCGCUCCGGCUCCAACACCAGCUACGAGGACCGGCUGCGUCAGCUGUCUGUGUCAGAGCUGACAGAGACUCUGGAGGAAGUGGAGACGGCCAUCCGCCGCUACAGCGAAGAGCUGAUCCAGGCUUUGGCGCUGCGAGACGAACUGGACUACGAGAAGGAGGUGAAGAACAGCUUCAUCUCGCUGCUGAUCGAUGUGCAGAACAGGCAGAAGGAGCACCGCGAGCUGCUGCGCAAGAAGAAGAAAAUCCGAAGCACGACCACGAUGGGGCCGAACGGCCAGAGGACGGCCAGCACGCACAUACCCGGCACGCUCCUCACUCUGGAGGGACUCUCCAAUGUCAUUCAAAACGGGCUCCGUCAAACUUUUGGCACCACAGGAGGGGACAAACAGUAUCUGACCACAGUGAUCCCAUACGAGAAGAAAGCCGGCUCCCCGUCUGUGGAAGACCUGCAGAUCCUCACAAAGAUCCUCCACGCCAUGAGGGACGACAGUGAGAAGGUCCCAGCCCUGCUAACAGACUACAUCCUCAAAGCUCUGGUAUGAGAGCAGUGGAAACCGAGUUCUUUGCCCCACGUAAAGCGAGGGAGCGAGGCUCGUCUCUUUCCAGAACCAUCCGCCGGGCCGCCAGGGAAACGGUUCUGGUCCUUCGGGGAAAAGCCAGAGUUCAAAUCCAAACCUUCCUUUGCUCCUCCUCUGGUUUUACUUCUUAGACUUUUGUUCCUUCAUGGAUGUUUUUUACUCCGCCACCUUUUUAACUCUAGAAAUAACUUCUCUGCAUUUGUGAUCUCUUUAACGUUUUAAUGCUCGAGUGCUUCAUCCCUCUUUUUCCUGACUGCAUGAUGAAUUCACAAUGGAUGCCAGUAAUCAGUAUUAGUGUGAACAUCUCUCUCAAAUAGUGAAAGCACAGAGAGAGACAUGAUUUUUUUCUUCUUCUUCACACUCAUUUAGCAGACCUGAGUCGGAUCAGUCUUGUUUUGUGAAUCAGAAUGCGUUUGUGUCAUCCGAACCUGAUGGAGGGAAAAACAGAAAGAGACUUCGACACAGUCUGUGAAUCUCGAUGUGCCAGGUGGAAAUAAGCAUCAGUCCUGGUUUGUAGAAGAACUUUUUUGCAUUAAUGGCAUUUUGUUGAUCGAUUGCACAUGAAGUUGGUUUAAAUCAACGAGCGAACCCUUUAAUUUAAGACCAGAAAACGUAGGUUCUGCUGCUGCAUGUCUAUUUGGGUUUCUGCUCAUCGUUAGCUGAAUGUCAAAAUGAGCUAUUUUGUAUAUGAUUGAGAGAAAUUGCACAGUUUUGGGAACUUUUUACUCAUUUGAAAAAGGGACAAAACGCGCUCCGACUAAAGAAAGUGAAAGCUGGCUGAACAAAUGUGUAAAGCAUAUUUUUGGAUGAAGGGGACUUUGUAAUGAUUUUGUAAAUGCUGUUCAUCGACCUCUGAGCCCUCGAUUAUUGAACCUCCAUCCCCGACAGCGUUGUCGCUCUUUCCUCCUCUCCUCAUUCCUUCGGUCUGCAGUUACCUCACGCUAGGAUUCCUCCUUUUAGUGGAAAACAAUCUGAUCAAAUAGUUGGCUAGAUAGCGUAGUUAGGACUCACUGAGAUUAGAUAACUGUGUCGUUGAAGUCUGUGAAGUCGUAGCGAUCUCGUGGUAGCACUUUCCUCCGUCAGUGAUCUGGUGGGAGGAGUCGUGGUGCGUUAGUUUUAGAUGAACUCGAGCAGCGUGAAGAAGCCUUUUCAACCUGUAGAAAUGUUGCCGUGCACGUGUCCCGCACUGAUGACGGCGAGAAAUGAAAACACCUUUGAAGGGACGUUCCACUGAUUUCACAUUAGAAUCGGUUUGUUCAGCUGGUGAAACUCUGGAUUCAUCAAAGAUGGGAACUGACUCCAGUGAAGCCGAAGCUGCAUCGCAUUGGACAUAUUUAUUGAUUUUCGCUCUGUAAAAUCUACCUCAGUUGAGAUCGUGUAAAGCUUGCCACCUUAUUGUUCAGCAGCUUCAUCCUGUGGAGGCAGCCUUCAAUUAUCUUUAAGAUAUUUAUAUCUUUUCUUUGUUUUGGUCCGGUCUUUCAUGCCACGGCCCAUCUUGGACAGUAAUUGGCUUUUGGUUAAUUGUGUCUUUAAUCGAAGAAUUUUCACUAUUUAAAACUUGAAUUUACCAAUUUACUGUGACACUUGGUCAGAGAAAAUCUGGCUGUAGCUUUCCAGUUUCUCACAACAUUUCUAGAUGUUCUAUAUCACAUUUCUUGUUGGAAAUGUAGGAUCUGAAGUCAGAAGGUCUUGUUGUCAUGAAUAAAUGAGUGGGACGUCCCUUCAUUCCGCCGCGCUCCGACGUUCGGCCGCCAGACGCUGUCGGAUCAGGUCUCAGCCUCGCUCUCAGGUACGAUCAUCAGCUUCAGCAGCCAGAAAUAUUCAUGGUACGACGACAUUCCCGAGUCUGUCUCUCUGAGUUCUCAGCAGCCACAAGUCAAACGCCCAUUUUCUCUAAAGUUUGUUCAAGCAUGACUGCCGGGUAGCAUCGCCAAUAAGACUCCGGUCACUGUUUCGCCGGGGAAAACUCCUCGAGUAGCGGCCGCUGUAGCAUCUGCUUGCUGUAGCAGAGAAGGAGUGAACAUUUGAAAGACUGAAGCCGUGUUCUUCUGUCCAGAGCGAAGAGGACUGUGAGAGCAGGUGUUGGGGGGGGGGAGAUUGCACACAGGGUUGUGAAAUUAAAAAAGAGGGUCUCUGUAUUUUGUAACGCAAGACAAAAGCUUCUAGUGCGGUUUUUAACUAUUUAUACGUAACUUGUUUCUACCGUCGCCAGCUAUGAAAACAUUCACAGACCGAGCAUGUGCUGCAUGCACUUUACUACUGCAAACUCACGUUUACCGAUCUGCAGAUUGUCUUGUUUCGGGAGAUUAUUCAUGUCACACUAAAGGGACGAGUGCAUGCCGCAGCGAAUGAGCAUUAGAAUUCGAAGAAAUCCGAUAAUACAAAGAACCAAAUUACUGCUUAAAUUCAAAUGUUUUUCAGCUCCAACCUUGUAAACAGACGCCCAUAUUGGUUUUUUGUUUUCUAUUGAAAAGCACUGAGGUCGGUGAAGGAUCUCCCCUCGGGCCAGAACUCCUCUUCUGGCCUUUUCAACACAUAUCAGUACGAUUUAGAGAUUUAUAUUUAUACAUGUGCAGCGUAACAAGCAAACCAAUAAGAGGCUGCCUUUGUACACGCCUACAAAUCUUUGUACAUUGUAACAAACUCCAUGUUUUUAAUGCAAUACGAUGCCCCCCCCUGUGCGGGGUUCAUGUUUACUGUCUCAUGUGGUACUGCAGUACAUUAAUUUAUUCUGUAAAUGUUGUUUUUGUAACCAUGUUAUUGACUGUAAUGGUACAAGUGUCUUGUGCCGUCAUUGCAACUCAUUUCAAAUAAAAUGAAAAUAGAGAACAUGA